AUGAAUUAUUUCUCGGAGAUCAUCAGGGAGGAUAUCGGAAAUGGCGCCAUAGUGAGUCCACCAUCUCAGAAACCAGAUUGGGAUGGUUUAAUGGGGUUAAUUGGGAAUGGAGUAACUGAGACUGAAUGGCUGGAUGCAAAGGGAUCGGCAGCCAAUGCAGAUGAAUAUGGCAUAACACAUAUUUAUAAGGUUGAGGAAUUAGGAGAAGAUGAAGCUAUAGAACUCCUUAAAUCGAAAGCCUUCAAGAAACACCAACAAAUGGGAGGCUAUGGAAAACUUGUACGUUGUGCAGUAGAGUAUGCUAAAGGACUUCCUUUAGCUCUCAAAGUUUUGGGUUCAUUUCUUUGUGGUCGAAACAAAGAUGAAUGGGACAGUACAUUAAACAGACUGAAACAAAGCCCUCUAAAUGAAGUUCAACAAGCACUCAGAGUAAGUUACGAUGUAUUACAAUUGGUAGAGAAGGAAAUAUUCUUAGAUAUUGCACGUUUUUUCAAAGGGAAAGACAAAAAUGAAAUGACAAAAAUACUAGAAAGUUGUGACUUCCACCCAAUUAUUGGAAUAAAAGUUAUUGUUGAAAAGUCUCUUGUAUCUGUCUUAGACAAUAAGCUGAUGAUGCAUGAUUUGAUACAAGAACUAGGGUGGAAUAUUGUUCAUCAGGAAUCACCUAAAGAGCCUAGGCAGUGGAGUAGGUUGUGGCUUCAUGAAGAUUCAACACACUUGCUGAUGGAGAAUACAGGAACAAAAAAGGACUGCAAAAAUCACGUGAGUCUUCCAGGUGGCACUCAAUUGGAAUCUCUUGAAGUUCUUAAUGUCUUUGGGUGCUCAAAGCUUAAGAACAUUUCAGUCAACUUUGGAUGUAUGAAAUGUUUAUCAGAGCUUUAUUUUGAUGGGAUUGGUGUAAGUGAACUUCCACCUUCAAUUGGACAUCUUACCAAUCUUGUUUUGUUGAGUCUGAGCAAUUGUAAAAACUUGAGAAAUUGCACUGCAAUUAGACAACUCCUUCCCUCCAUUGGACUUAUGAAGAAAUUUGAAACAUUAUCCUUGGAAGGGUGUAAAGGAAUAGCAUCUUAUUCAUGGAGUUACUCUCUCUUGCCUUCAAUUUUACAAAGACAGAGAGAGAGUUACACAACUUUGGAACUACAAGCUUUGUUAGUGUUGGAGUCUUUGAAAAAACUAUAUCUCAAUGACUGUACUUUAAAAUCUAUCCCCACAACUAUUUGCCACAUCUACUCGUUGCAAGAGUUAGAUCUAAGUAGAAGCAAUAUUGAAAGUAUACCUGUAAGCAUGAAUAAACUUUCAAAUCGGUGGUCCUUGUGUUUGGUUGGUUGCAAGAGGCUUCAAAAAGUACCAGAGCUUUCAUUAGAUAUACGUGGUAUAGCAGCUAAUGAUUGCACAUCAUUACGAACAAUAUUGAGUUUGUCCAAACACAAUAAUGUUGAAGAGUUUUCCUUCACGAAUUGCUUCAAACUUGUUGAGAAUGAGCAAAACAACAUCCUGUUCUUGGGAAUUGUUGUCGCUGUUGUUGGAAUCAAGAAUAAAUGCAAGUGCAAGGAUUAUUGUAUUGAGGUUGGAUUUAAAUGCCUCGAUAUUCAAAUGAUCAUUGGACAAAGCCAUGAAAACGACCUAACAUAUUUUGAAUAUUCGAAUCAUCAAAACUUGGAAGUUAUAUAUGUCCCACGUAAUGACUUUCCAAGUUCAAUGUAUGAUGAUGAUAUGGAGCAAUUCAAUGAGGGUAGAAUUGAAUUUCAAGCUUGUUUAGUUCAUUACGGUCAUUACGUUGAUUGUUUAACUAAAGCAGAUGUGAUUAUACGAGAUGUAAAGUUGGGUGUCCGUUUAGUAUACGAGAAAGAAGAUGACGAAGAAGCAUGGAGUAUGGACAGCUGUGAUUCGGAAGAUAACAUGGGUGUGUUCCAUGGAGACUUGGAAAGAUCAGUAGAAGGAGCAGGAGUAGAAGUUGCUAGUCCUAGUACUACUUCAUCAAAGAGAAGACACGGUGACCUCAAUGACAACCAUGACUACGAUGCAGCAGUAGUAGCAGCAGGACCCAGUGGCGGAUUUGAUGAUCAGGACAAGAAAGAGGACCACCCCACAGCAAAAGGCUUAGACAGGCGAGACCAAGUGAAAGUGGUAGCUUUGACUAUGUACGUACCUUGA